CAGUUCACAGGUGAACACAAAAAAGGCGCUUAAAGACAAAAAAGUGCGCACUCAACUUAGAUCUCUAUAUACUCUAUAACAAAGCUCAAAACUUUCUUUCUUUUUUGACAAAUUUAUAUGCAAUUUUGGUGUUUUCAUUUUCGCUCUGUGUUUUUUUUCAAAAAAUAGGCAAGAAAAAGUACUGUUCAAAUAUCCAAAAUUUAGCUCACAGGAACCCCAGAACACUGAGAAACUGUAAAGAUUCUCUCUUUGAGAUGUUGCUUUCAUGGCAGUAGAAGAAGACGAGAGAGAAAACUGAGUUGCUUCAGUUUUAAAAUUUGUUGAACUUCAAAAUGAAAGCUUAAAUUCAAUUGUUGUGUUAUUUUGAAUUCAAAAGUCUGUUAAAAAGAAAGAAAAAAGAAGUUGUUGCUUGUUGGGAAGAGGAACAAUGUUGUGUGCUUGCUCAGGAGAGCAAUUUAGAUUUGAAGAGGCUGCUCCUCGGUCACCGGAGUCAUUGGCCACGAGAGAUUACUCGGUAAGCGGCCUGUCGUCGAGGACCGGCGAUUUGAAGAGUUUUUCUUCAAGGACUACUGGAGAUUUGGGAUCAAAAUAUGAAGAUGCUCAUGUAGAUGAAGUUGAAUCCACGUUGAAGGAAGCUCUCUCAUUAAACUAUGAGGAAGCUAGAGCUUUACUGGGCAGGAUAGAAUAUCAGAAAGCGAAUUUUGAUGCUGCUCUACAACUUUUUGAAGGGAUUGAUAUUAAAGCAUUAACCCCAAGAAUGAUCAAUGCUAUUUCAGAGCGCACUCGGCCAAGAAAACCAAAAUCCAAGGGUGAUAAUUCCCUUGCCGGUGUGAUGUCUUGGCACUCGGUCAGUCUUCUCCUUGAAGCCAUUCUACUCAAGUCUAAGGUUUUGGAGGAACUUGGGAGGAUUUCAGAGGCUGCUAGGGAGUGUAAAAUGAUUGUAGACAUAGUUGAAUCGGCAUUACCUAAUGGAAUGCCAGCAAAAUUCAGUAAAGAUAGCAGGAUGCAAGAGAUGCUUCACAAGGCACUGGAAUUGCUUCCUAAACUAUGGAAAGAAGCAGGGUGUCUUGAUGAAGCCAUUGUAGCAUACCGCCAAGCUCUUGUGAAACCCUGGAACUUGGAUCCUGAGACAUUAGCUAGUGCCCAGAAGAAGCUAGCUGCUAUGUUGAUUUAUGGUGGUGUUGAAGUGGGCCUUCCCCCUCAGCUACAAAUAUGGGGUCCAUCUACCCCUAGGAAUAAUCUGGAGGAAGCAAUCCUUUUGUUGUUUAUCCUAAUUAGAAAAGCAUCAUGUAACGAAAUUGAGUGGGACCCGGAAAUUAUGGAUCAUCUCUCUUUUGCAUUAUCAAUGUGUAACAGUUUCGAGUUUCUCGCGAAUCACGUGGAGCAAGUCCUUCCAGGAGUCUACAACAGAGCUGAGAGAUGGUACAUUCUUGCACUUUGUUAUAGUGCUGCUGGGCAGAACAAGGCGGCUUUAGAUCUAGUAAGGAAGAUUACAGGACCUUCUGAGUCAAAGCAAAUACCCCACAUCCCUUCUCUUUUGUUGGGAGCAAAGUUAUGUACGGAAGAUUUGAACCUUGCUCAAGAAGGAAUCAAUUAUUGCCGCAAAGUUACUGAGUUGGCCGGUGAUGGAAAUAAGCAUUUUAUGGCUCAGGCUCAUAAGUUCCUAGGGAGGUGUUAUUCAAAUGCUGCCAGAGUAUCUAUAUCGAACUUAGAGAGGGAGAUGUAUCGGAAGGGAUCACUAAAGUCCCUAAACGACGCGCUUCCGAUUGCGAAGGAUGAUCCAGAGUUGAUAUUCAACCUGGGUCUGGAAAAUGCCGCACAAAGGAACCUUGAUGCUAGUUUUAGCUACACCAAGUUGUACUCCAAUAUGUUGGCUGGAAGUUCAGGGAAAGGGUGGAAGCUAUUGGCUCUAGUAGCUUCUGCACAGCAGCAAUUUGAAGAUGCUGAAGACAUAGUUGAUAUUGCUUUGGAUGAAACCACCGGCAUCGAUCGGUUACAAUUGUUAAGAUUAAAGGCUGUUAUACAGAUUGCUCAAGAGAACCCCAAGCAAGCUAUAGAGAACUAUGUGCUUCUGCUGGCACAAAUUCAAGCAGCAAAGAAGCGCAAUGCUAAGAGUCUAGGUCUGGAGGCAACGGAAAUGAAAUUAUUAGAGAUGGAAGCUUGGCAAGAUCUGUCCACCUUAUACACAAGGCUUGAAUCAUGGGGAGAUGCUGAAAUUUGUGUGGAAAGAGCAAAGUCAAUCAACUUUUACAGCCCUCAAAGUUGGCAUGUAGCAGGUAAACUGUUCAAGGCUCGACAACAAUACAAGGAAGCACUUCUGGCUUUCUCUGUCUCACUAUCAAUCGAUCCAAAUUAUGUUCCUGGUUUAGUUUCAGCAGCCGAAGUGUUCAUGGAACUUGCUCCGACUUCUCUCCCUAUAGCCAAAAGCUUCUUAAUGAAUGCCCUACAAUUGGACCCAACAAAUCAUGAUGCAUGGUUGCACCUUGGCUUGAUUUUGAAGAAAGAAGGUUUAAUAACACAGGCUGCUGACUGUUUCCAAGCUGCGUGUGAACUGAAAUCCACAGUACCUAUCCAAUCGUUCUUAUAAAGCUUUUUCUGGUCCUGACAACUAAUGGAGCUCAGAGGGGUUCUGACAGUAUUAUUUAUGGCAGAAAAGCUAAAUCUGUUCAGCUUAUUUUUGUGCUAAAAUUAAGUCCAUGUAUUGUAUCUAAUAUGUUGUGGUAAUAAUUUGUAUUUCACCUGGUGUUUUUGUACAUAGAUGAGAUUUCUGGCUAAGUGGUUGGUCAGUAGUGCAGUAUUUGCAACCAUGUGCUAUCUUCUUGUAACCAUGUGCUAUCUUCUUGUAAGUUGUAAGCUGCAGUUUAGAAUUUUACAAUUUUUUUGUUGUAUGUGGAAGUAGCUCAUUCACCCACAAUCUCUCAUUUUUUUCCUAGUAUUGGAUAUUUGACCAAUUGAUGAUCAUUCAUUUUCUCCCUCUUA